AUGGGCAAGCUACUGGCAUGGGGUGACGAACUAUUCCUCGUGCGCUGUGAGCUCGGGAAGAUCCAGCUCCAGCGCGUAUCUGUCGACGCCGAGAGGAAGAAGGCGUCGCUGCAUCUGUGCAGCAUCAAAGACGACGAAGUUGCUGCGCUGCCAGUUGACGCCAGUCUUGUGGCCGCCAAAGAAGUGGAGGACACGGAGCUUGCCAUUCGCUACCCGAUCCUAGUCUUCCGUGCUCCAGGAAAGACAGUGACAAUCAACAGCUCCUCAGCAUCUCGCAAGCGUCGACGCUCUUUGAAAGACAAGGCGGCGUUUACGUCGAAUGAUGAGUCGAUGCUGCCCAGAGCUGGCGAUUGCCUGCUCUUCUGUAUUUUAUACGAAACGGAGAGUGAUGGCGAGAUUGGUGUCAGGAUAUUGAACAUGUUGGAUACUCCCAUACGUGUUGAAGAGAGUGAAGACAUUACGUGUGGAGACGAUUCCUAUUCUCUUCAACUCUUCCCGACGGAUGGACCUUACGUACUUCUCUUCCGGAGAAAUGCACAAGUGGCAACUGUGUUGAAACUGCAAAGAACAACUCAACAGAGCGGAGAUUUAGGAUUUCACGUAUGGUACGAGAAAGUGGAAAUGUUUGGUGUGGAAGGCGAUGCGUCAGUGCCUUUUGAGCUGCUGUCUUGUAAAUGGCUUUUAUGUGAGGAUAACGCAACCCAACAGCACGUGAUCUGCGUGCGCUGUGACGAUACAAACCGCUCUUUCUUCAUGCUGAGGUUUUCCAGCAAUGUACCAAGUGCGUCCAUGGAUCUUCUUCUCUCUUUUAACCACGUAGGCCACGCGUAUCCUGGAAAUUUUGCUGCUGAUAUUUCUGGCUCACGCCAAGUUCUUCUCGUAAAUGGCGUUCCUGGAGUACUAAACACGAGUGCCGACUGCGCCAAUGCUGUGGACGACGGACAGCUCAUAAAACGCAGUGUACUUGUCACGCAGAAGCCGUCAGCGUCUGACGUGAAGCUUUCUUGUCAUCGUCUGCGGCUACAGGAAGAUCCGAAGUCCAAUCAGGCUUCUCGGUCCCGAAAGCGCUCUCGUAAUAGCGAGAAAGGCACUGGAAAAGACGCUCCUAGUCGCUCUACGCCAGAAUCGUUUCACUACAUUCAGCGUACUCACAAGGCCUCGUCACGUGACGUUAACCAGCUCGAUACGGAGACCGAUAGCCAAGCUAAUGUCGUAGCUGCUUCGGCGUUGCAGCUUGGCAAGCUUGUAAGCUCACUGACGGCACGUCUGAGCAAAGGAUUACUGGAGCUGGGACGUUUACAAAUGAUCGUGGGCGAUAAGAAUAUGCUGGCUCGUCAACUCAACCAGCUUAUCAUACGACAGUGGCAAAAGCAGCAGACGAGUGCAAGCCACAGCAAAGAGCAGACACUCUUGACACCCCUGCGUCUAACUCAAGAAGCUGGUAGCCUCGCUACGGGAUCCAAAGAGCUCGUAGAGAUGGAAACAAUCGUCAGUGCUCCACCGCGUGCUGAUACCAUCACCAGAAACGCUGUGAAGAGUGAAGCAUUGGAGUACAAUCGAAGUGACUUCAAGCUUGAGCAGCAAGUGUCACUGGAACAAUUCCGUGUGCUUGGAUACGUACCGUCGUCCUCACGUAUCCAUGCAGAAGUCUCCCUCAAGAAUCUAUCCGACUCAAGACUCGACGAUGCGUUCGUUGUAUUGACUGCGCCCGAGUGGACAUUGUCGCAAGGCUGGAGCUGUACCAGCUCAGUAAUUCCUGAAUUUCCUCCUACAACGGAUAUGGAUCACACAGCAGGGAGCGCUCGAUUUCACUUGGAGAUUCAGUUUAAACCAACGUUUUCAUUUCUUCGAGAGCGGAGGCCAUUGGAAGUGAUGCUGUGGCUUCACUGGAGUGCAUCUCGAGAUAAGGGUCUAUCCAUGGCUCUCGACUGGCGGCCAAGCGAGUCAGCGCUUGCUGUUGCGUCCAUCAAAAUCCAUCCUGCUGACGUGUUAGCUGCCAGUCGAGAGGCAUGGACUAAAGACCAAGAGCGACUUUUGUUCGUCUCGUCCGGCUCAAAUUUGAAGUCUCUAUUCUCGAACCCGAAGUUUGGGAUCUUCACGUCACCUGACUCGAUCAUUCGACCAACAUUUUCACUGGUGGAUCUCAAGGUGAACUCUUCCGAAUUAUUCCAGUACGAGUUGAGUCAGAUGGUCGCGAAGACACCGCCAGACGUGUAUGUGAUGCGCAAUCCGCUCCAACACUCUCACCUUCGAACGCUGCAGUGUCUGCUCAUCUCUAUGCGCCAAGAACUCGAACAGAAGGACAAACUUGUCGGAAAUUACAAGACACAGAGAGCAACGUUUAAGGGUCAGGACAGUGCGUCGAUGCACCGCUCGAUACAGCGCGACACAGAUCUCCACGCUGUCCGUUUGCUCCAGGAAUUGCAGCAGCGCGUCAACUUUCACUCAAUGUGGUUUGAUACUUCCACACGCAGCUAA